GUUUCUAUUACUUUUAACAAACGAAAUAUUUAAUCGACUAGUUGAUUUAUAAUCACCCUGUAUAUGAGAAAAGAGAGAGAGAGAGAGAGACAGAGCUUUUUGAGCAAGUCAAUAGAUCAUCGAAAAAAAUCGGUUAUGGAUCACACAAAGUUAUCAAAAUUUUCUUUUAAAUACGCACGCGUACAUUCGUUUAAAUACACUUCUUUAUCUCGAGAAGGUUACCUUAUGAAACAUAAGGAGUUGAGAAUCGCUGUUAUCGGAUUGAGCUAGAUAAGAGAUAACGACACAACGGCAAUGUCUUCACGACCGAUUUGGAUUCUCAUAAAUUCGAGUAUCGCGUCGGUGAGAUCGCACGGAUUAAUUUUACUCGGAUAAAAAAGUGAUCGAAUUUUAUUUCUAAUAAAAGUUUUUCCCUCUUAAAGAUUUCCUUUAAAUCUUUCGCGAUUUCUUUUUUCCAAUAAGGAUUUACUUUUGUUAUUCUACGUGAGUGUUGUUUAAUGUGAAUUAAUUUCAAGGUCGACCGGAAAUGUAAUUAUAUCGAUCACGAUGAUUCAUGAUCGUCGAUAAAGUGUCAGUGUGUUUUACAAGAAUUUAAUUAAUUUUAUUAGAAAAGUUUUCUUUUUUCUUUUUCUUUCUUUUUUAAUUUUGUAAUUUCUUUUUUUGCGAAGCAACGAUCAGCUGUUACCAACGUAAUCGAGUUUUUCGUUUAUUUUAUUGGAAUAUUUGUUCGGGAAGAAAUCGUACGUGCUUCUGCGGACUUUGUCUUUGAAUUAAUUUAAUCGUACGUACACGUAACAGUUUGGACUUCGUCAGUGAAGGAACAGUCAAACUCUUGUUUAAUAUAUCGCGAAUGAUCGGUAUAAAGAAACAGAAUCGUAGGGAGAAUGUCUUUCGUUAGUCUUCAUAAAAAGGAAAAAGUCAGCGUUGUAAAGAGAUGUCUUUCGACGAAACGACAGAGAGCGAAAUCCUGUUUCGCUUCUAUAGGUUCAAGCAUGGGCGAUUACAUCAGGCACCCAGUGCUUUACGAACUGUCCAGCAAGUACGGAGUUGCUGGCAGUGACCAAGUGCCCUUACCUGCUCGUCUCGAUGAACUCCGGGAACACAUACGCAGAGAAAUACGUAAGGAAUUAAAAAUAAAAGCUGGUGCUGAGAAGCUUAGGGAGGUUGCAACCGAUCGCAAGGCGCUAUCGGACGUCGCGACUAUCGUGAAGAAGGCCAACAGCAAGUUGAACGAGCUACAAGCCGAGCUCCAGCAGCUCGAAAGUCAAAUUAUACUGACGCAGGGCCAGCCACAGUCGCCGCAACAAAAUCACUCCAACGGUCAAGACACACCUCUGUCACCAAUGGGGCCUUCGUCACCGAGUCAGGAAGGUCUAUUCACGGAUCUUCGACUUUUAUCCUUGGAAAAGCAGCUUAACAUCGAAUUGAAGGUAAAACAGGGCGCAGAAAAUAUGAUACAAAGUUUGACGAGUGGGCACAGAGACAAGAAAUUACUUCAAGAAGCUCAGCAGAUGCUUGACGAUUCCCGCGCUAAAAUUGAGUUCCUACGCAUGCGCAUAAUGAAGGUGCGACAGGCGCGCCAGCAACAACACGCUCGUGGCGACGCGCCACCUCCGAAUGGUGAAACAGCUGGUAACAAAGAUAGGUACGAGCCCAGUCUGGAACUUGCUUUGGAGGAACGCGUUGAAGAGUUGCGGCAUCGGCUGAGAAUCGAAGCAGCCGUUGUGGAAGGUGCAAAGAACGUAAUACGUCUUCUGCAAAGUGCCAAAGUUGCUGAUAAGAAGGCUUUAACAGAGGCACAGGCAAGUCUCGCGGAAUCCAGUAGAAAAUUGGACUUACUUAGAUUAUCUCUUGAGCUUAGAAGACAAGAAUUACCACCAGACAGUGGUACUGCUGCCCAAUUAAAGAGAGAACUAGCAAGUGUACAAUCGGCAAGUCCUGUUCCUGUAACUUACACAUCCUUACAACCAUUUCGUGGCCCAUUGGAAGGUAGGGCUACGGUACCUGCAUCAGUUUCUAGAUGUGCUGCAGUCACCGGCCAAUUGGAGGUAAGAUUAAUGGGAUGCCAAGAUUUAGCGGAAGAAGUUCCUGGACGUACGAGAAGAGAACAUCCGGCCAGUCCUGAUUUACGCAGCUUCGUUAAAGGAGUAACAGGACGCAGUUCGAGUAAAUCUUACAGUGUGAAAGACGAAACGAGUAAUGAUAUUAUGGCGGUUAUAAAACUGGAUAAUCAAACCGUAGCACAAACUAGUUGGCGACCGUGUUCCCAACAGGCUUGGGACCAAAGAUUUUCUAUCGAACUAGAUAAAUCGCGAGAACUUGAAAUAGGCAUUUAUUGGAAAGAUUGGAGGUCAUUGUGUGCAGUGAAAUUUUUACGUCUAGAAGAAUUUAUCGACGAUGUGAGACAUGGAAUGGCACUUCAGUUGGAACCCCAAGGAUUAUUAUUUGCUGAAAUUAAAUUUUUAAAUCCGAUGAUAUCGAGAAAACCAAAAUUGCAACGUCAACGUAAAAUAUUUAAACAGCAAGUGAAGAAUUUCCCACGGGCUAAUCAAAUGAAUAUUAAUGUUGCUACUUGGGGUAGACUUCUUAAACGUUCUGCACCCUCUUUACAUAAUACAAGAAAUUCUGAAAGUCCACCGUCGGGACCACAACCGCUACAAAUUGUUUUUGAUACCUCAAUAGAAGAUAAGCCUGAAACACCUGGAGAAUUACCAGAUCCAGAAAAGGGAGGCUUAGGUGGUGCUCGACCAUUAGGAAUGGCAACUUCAACUAGUAGUCCAGUUUUACCACGUCCACCUGAGCAUCCACCUCCACCACCGCCAACGGUUACUAAGAAACCUUCAAUGCCAGCACCACCACCACCACCAAAAUUAGAUCAGGAGUUACAGAGUGCAUUAAGGGAGUUUGAUUUCCUGCACAACGAGGAGAAAGGGGGGUCUCAGGGUGCAAAUUUGAGGCCCCUUGUGACAGAGCCCCGUCCUGUGCUGAUUGCACCACCCUCUCCACGCACACCCUCGCCCCAACCCGUGGUCGAGUUUCCUGAAGAUGAGGUCGUCUAUGAACUACCAGUUAGGCCUCUACAAUAUAGAGAUAGUGCAUAUGAAUCUAGAAGACAUUCUCAGCUCACUGGCAUGACUUUGGACAACUUCAGAUUACUUUCUGUUCUUGGUCGAGGUCAUUUUGGAAAAGUUAUCUUAUCGCAAUACAGAAAUACAGGAGAAUAUUUUGCUAUAAAGGCGCUAAAGAAAGGAGAUAUUAUAGCAAGAGAUGAAGUGGAAUCAUUGCUUUCUGAAAAGAGAAUAUUCGAGGUUGCAAAUGCUACGCGUCAUCCAUUCCUGGUUAAUUUGUUCGCUUGUUUCCAAACUGAGGCACACGUCUGUUUUGUAAUGGAAUAUGCAGCAGGUGGUGAUCUUAUGAUGCAUAUACACGCAGAUGUUUUUGGUGAACCACGUGCUGUAUUUUAUUCAGCUUGCGUUGUUUUAGGAUUGCAAUAUUUACACGAAAGUCGAAUCAUAUAUAGAGAUUUGAAAUUAGAUAAUUUGUUGUUGGAUACGGAAGGAUAUGUUAAAAUAGCAGAUUUUGGGCUUUGUAAAGAAGGUAUGGGUUAUGGUGACCGAACUGGAACAUUUUGCGGAACUCCAGAAUUUUUAGCACCAGAAGUUCUCACAGAGACUUCGUAUACACGAGCUGUAGAUUGGUGGGGUCUUGGAGUACUUAUAUUUGAGAUGCUUGUUGGAGAGUCUCCAUUCCCUGGUGAUGAUGAAGAAGAAGUAUUUGAUUCGAUAGUAAAUGAUGAAGUUCGUUAUCCAAGAUUCCUUUCUUUGGAAGCUAUAGCUAUAAUGAGAAGGUUGCUCAGAAAGAAUCCAGAUAGAAGAUUAGGUAGCAGCGAAAGAGAUGCAGAGGAUGUUAAAAAGCAAGCAUUCUUUAGGCACAUAGCAUGGGAUGAUUUGUUAUUAAGACGCGUGAAACCACCUUUUGUACCAGUAAUUCAUUCUGUGGAAGAUGUUAGUAAUUUUGAUGAAGAAUUUACAUCGGAAAAGCCACAGCUCACUCCGCCUAAGGAUCCCAGACCUCUCAGCGAUAUUGAACAAAGCUUUUUCAAAGAUUUUACAUACAUGGCUGAUUGGUGCUAACUAUAGUAAUAUGCUAUUUUAUGUUCUUCCAGUAAUAGUUCAUCUUUAUUUGUGCCCCAUAAUUCAAAUAAAACUAUGUUACAUUACAUCAAGGUACAUAGGAGAAAGCAAUCAUACUGUUUAUGGGAAGAUCGAUACAUUGUGCUUUUUUACAAUAAUUAUUUUGACUAGAAAUCAAAACUUCAUAAAUUUAUGAUUUAUCAUUGAAUCUCGGAUUUUCAUCUGAAUUAUCUAAUAGAUAAAUAUUUUAUUUUGUGCCAGACAUAUAUGUGUGGCUAUAAUAUUCUAUUUUGUUUGCAUUGCCUAAGUUAUUAAAAUAUAAUCAAUUAUUUUGAAAACAGAUAUAUGAAAAAAUUAUAGGAUUCAUAGUAAGACUUGUAUUACAUGCAUAUGUUAGUAAAAACAUACGUCUAAAAAGAAAAAAAAAAAAAAAAGUAACUUUCAGAAUACUAUUGUCAACUAUGAUAUAAUGCAAGAGAGAUGUAGAUAAAUAUUAUUAACACACGGAUCAUUUCUUUGCAUGUGCAUUUUUAAUAUAAAAUUUCCUACUAAGUGCAUGAGGAUAUAAGAAAGAAUAUUUUACAUAUAAAAUCAUAUAAGUAUACAACAGACAUAUUUAAGCACUGAUCAUUUACGAUCACAUUAAAAUCACAUUUAACAUUUUUUGAAAGUAAGAUGUGUCAUUUAAUUACACACUACAUAUUUUUCUUUUCGUUUUUUUUUGUUGUUUUUUUUUAUUAUUACUAUUAUUACUAUUAUUAUUAUUAUUAUUAUUAUUAUUAUUAUUAUUAUUAUUAAUAUUAAUAUAACAUUUUUCAUUUGCUUACAAAUGACUAUUUACUUUCAAUCGUGGCAUGGCGAUAUCCAUGUGUGACAAAAGUUAUCGUUACAAUUGUAAUAUCAAAGAUUUUUCUACAUCGAUGCAGUUAAUUAAAAAAAAAAAAAAAAAAGAAAAAGAAAAAAAAAAGAAAAAAGAAGAAACAAAAAAAUUCCCACAGUUGUUCAUGCUCAAGUAAUAUUGAAUGAAAACAACCGGAAAUAUGCACAAGAUAAAUUUUUGAAUUGCAAUUAAUAUUCAGUGCUUUAAAUAUAAAAAGAAA